AUGGAAGGGGAUGGAGAUGGGGAAGAUUUGACCCCAUUUUGGCUACAAAGAACCACCAGUCUCCGCCUCCGCCACCGUUUGUCUUCCAUCUUUUUCAGCUCUGGACUUGUGGUGGUACUUUCGCUGGUAGCAGCUGUUUUCUUCUUGGUUUUUGUAGUUCCCUCCACUCUUUCUUUGAGUGCUCAGAUCUUUAGACCAAACAAUGUUAAGAAAAGCUGGGAUUCUUUGAACUUAGUACUGGUCCUUGCUGCUGUUGUGUUUGGAUUUCUUAGCAGAAACAACAAUGGAGAUAGAUACUAUGAAUAUCAAACUUCACCCAUUAAACAAAAUGAAACCCAGAAAUCAAAUCCAUCAACCCCACAUCAAUGGUAUAAUUAUUCUACAGAUGAAGCCCAGAAAUCAAAUUCAACUACUGCAAAUCAAUGGUGUGAUGAUCAAUAUUUAGAUAAUGAAAAUAAGCUCUACAAAAGUUCCACCAUGAGGAGGACUAGUACUUCUUACCCAGAUCUACGCGCAUUUUCAUCAAAUUGGACAUAUGGAGAUGAUAGCCGACGAUUCUACGAAGGUAUACAUGUCGAUGCAUAUCGGGUUUCUAACACGAACCAGCUUCAUCGCCGCGGCCGGAGCUUAGAAGAAAUUGAUCGAGAAAGAGAGCAGAAUACCAAGAAUAGUUAUGUUGAUACAAUUACUGCAAGGCGUCCCAAGGAAGUUUCGAAUGCACUGCCACGUCCAGCGAUGCCGCCGCCAGCUCAAAAAACGGAUAUAGAAAAGCCAAAGAGAACGUAUGAAAGUGUUGCGCUUAAAAAGGAAAGAUCAAAAGUGGAGAGAAACUUGGAAAGAUCAAAACCAAAUACACCUCCUCCUCUUCCUCCGCCGCCGCCGGUGUUGCAGCCAAAGAGCGGCAUAAGCGACAGAAAAAAAGGUGGUGCAACGGGCUUGAAUUCGCUUUAUCAUAAGAUGAAGAAAAGGCAAAGGCAAAAGAGUGCUGAUAAUCUGGAUUCUCUUUUUCUUCAAACUCCUGAGCUACAUUGCCAACUUCCACAACUAUCGCCGCCGCCACCCCCGGCGCCUUCAGUCUUUCACAAUAUGUUCUCAUCCAAGAAAUCCAAAAGAAAGGGACAUAUAAUAGUUACUUCACCAAAUCCAGCACCAAUCCCACCACCUCCACCUCCGCCGCCAAAGGCAGAACGCGAGCCAAAACUCAGUGCCCAAAUUGUACCAUUAACCCCCCACAAGCCUCCAGAACUCGUAAAGAUGAACAGCUUCGAAAACGCUGAUGAGAAUUCGAACAGCGGAGGAGAAUCUCCACAGAUGACUAUGCCGCCUCCGCCGCCGUUCUUCAACGCGCCGGCGUGGAAAUUUGUCGUACAAGGUGACUACGUGGGGAUAGACAGCAAUGCCAGCUCCCGGAGUGGGUCACCGGAACCUGAUGACGUGGAUUCUGACAUCACACCCUCAUCCACACAAGGCGGCAAUAAGUCGCCGUUUCACCUCUCGCCGGCUUUCUAUCCAAGCCCAGACGUGAAUUCGAAAGCUGAAUCCUUUAUUACCAAUUUCCGGGCCAAAUUGAAGCUCGAAAAAGUCCAUUCAAUGAACGAUGGAAAACUAGGCUCGUCUAAUCUAGGUCCAGGUCCUGGCCCAAGUUAG